AAGAUUAAGGAGCAGCGCAAAGAUGACAACGACACGCGGGAAGACUUCAGAAUCUGGCGUGCUAAGCUUUCUUACCCUACGUACCAACCAAUUUACACGCAUCGCGACGGAGUAUUCUGGUGUUACAGACAUAGCUUCAAGCCUCCAUGCGAAUGUACCGAAUGUAACCAACAAUUUCGAUCUAUGGGAUCUUAG